UACUUUAUUGUUAUUUAUGUGUACCUCUACUGUAUAAACCCGACUCUGAAUCAAAACAAUGAAAACCCUGUUGAUUUGUACAGUAGACAUCCGUGCACGCGAAAAUAGGUGUUGGUUACGUGCGCGCCCCCGGCCCUGUGCGCGAUGACGCAGCGAGCCGCCGCCUGUUGGUCUUCAGUUGGUGACGAGGAGUGUUGUGAAAAUGGCUCCGACCCUGCCCGAAACUCCGAGGAGGAGAUGACGGCGCGGAGGAGCUCCUUAAGUCCGGGAAACAACACGGUGUCCUCCCGAAACACGGAGGUAAGGAGAACCAGAGACUAAGAGAGAGGGAGAACCGGUUAAAAGACCACCUCCGUAAAACCGUCGGUAACAGAGAGAACCUUUUCGAGGGAGAACCGGUGAAAACACCCCACCACUCCUUCCCUUUUCCCCCGAUAUGGAGGACAUCAACUCGAACAUCAACGCGGACCUGGAGGUGCGGAAGCUCCAGGACCUGGUGAAGAAGCUGGAGCAGCAGAACGAGCAGCUCCGGAGCAGAUCGUCCGGUCCCCUGGCCGCCCACAGGCCCCACAGCGCCGGGUACGACCCUCUGUUCCCCGGGGGUCUGCUGGAGAACAGCCGGAGCCCCAGACUCUCCUACGACGGCAUCAGCUUCCGGAGGCCCUAUGAAGGGGCUUCGGCCGGAGCCUCGGUGUCCGCCAGGAACUCACUAUAUUCGGAUACUUUCCCUGCUGCUGACGAGGGGGAGACGUCGAUCCUGGACGAGGUGGAGAUCCUGGACCUAGAGGACAUGGACUGUCUCCACGAAGACGAGGACAGCUGGCUGUACGAGGCGAAGCUGGACAGCCCCCUGCAGAAGGCUCUGAGCCCCAUGGUGUGGUGCAGACAGACUCUGGACAACCCCAGCCCGGAGAUGGAGUCGGCCAAACGCUCUCUGCUGCACCGCCUGGACCUCACCAUGUCAGCUAACAGGCAGCGCUCCCUGUACAGCAGCCCGGUGCACCAGCAGAGCUACAGCAGCCCCUACAGCAGUGGCUUCAGCUCCCCCUCCUCCACGCCCAGCAGGGGGCACCUCAGCCGGCAGCAGCUCCUGCCCGGCAACGCAGCCCACCAGAGGAACACGGCAGCAGAAGCAGCAGCAGCAGCAGUGGUGGUGGAGGAGAGGAACCCCCCCCCCCUCAGCCCCCAGUCCUCAGUGGACAGCGAGCUGAGCACCUCGGAGAUGGAUGAGGACUCGGUGGGCUCGUCCAACACGUACAAGCUGAACGACGUGACGGACGUGCAGAUCCUGGCCCGCAUGCAGGAGGAGA